CAAUGGCCCCAUUUCCACAAAUAACAAUGGCUUCCUUUUUUUUUUCUUUCAAACAAAGCAAAAGCGUAUAGCUUCAAUGGAUAACUCCUCGGGACUCUGUUAAAACUGCUGUAAUCAAAGAGACCAAAGCUUCAAACUUUUAAAGCCCUUUGAAGACAAACACAUUUUGCUUUGAUUUACCGACCAGCGAUGUUGGAGCCAUCUUCUCAAAAACCCAAUUUCUUAAUCCCACAGGUGUCGCCAACUCCGGCGGCUCCACCGCCACCAAUGGCACAACCACCUCCAUCACCACCGCCACCUUCUCUAGUACGCACCUACUCCGGCAAGUUACUGUCUCUUCUAUCCGAAAGACCUUCCCUUAGGGCGACUUCGGAGUUCGACAGUGACAGCCGUGUGUUCUUUCACAAGGUGUCGUGUAAGCUGUUCGACAACCUGGCCAGUCUCAAAUUGUCGUUCAUCAACGAUAGCAAACGCGAGAUCUCGGAACCGCAGUUGAUGUUAACGUCAAAGUACUUGUCUAUCCAUUACGAUCCUGAUGAACAAAAUGCUCUCAUUAGGACCUCUUUUGAUGUGGGUCCUAUGUUGAAUUUCAAUGUUGCCCAUGAUCUCAAGGCACAACAAGGUGAGGUGUCUAUGUAUGCAAGCCUUCCCAGUCCCGGCUUUGGUGUCCAAGUAUCAUCUUCUUUUCCAUAUUCUGGUUUGCCUAGAGCAACGAUUAGAUUCCCGAUGGGUGAAGUUACAUUGGAGGAGAGAGAGGAGGCGGAUGUACUGAGAACAUUGUCGGUAAAGGGAAUUCUUAGAGGUCAAAUUUUAAACGGGGUCUGUUCCGCUCAUUACGUUGAUGAAGAACUGAAAUUAAGAUACAUAUAUAAGGAUCAAGCAAUGUCGUUUAUCCCUAGCAUUUCGAUACCGUCGAAUGCUGUAUCAUUUGCAUUCAAGCGACGUCUCAGUCCAUCUGAUAAAUUGAGCUACUGGUACAAGCUUUAUUCGAACAAUUGGAGUGCUGUGUACAAGCACACAUACAAGAAAAGCUUCAAGCUCAAAGCUGGAUAUGAUUCAGAAGUCCGUCUCGGUUGGGCUUCUAUAUGGGUUGGAGACAAAAACGGCAGGGCAAGGACAGCCCCGAUGAAGAUGAAAGUCCAGUUUAUGUUACAGGUACCGCAGGAUGACAUUAAGUCAUCGACGCUAAUGUUCCGAGUUAAAAAGAGAUGGGAUAUAUUGUAGUGUAGUCCCGUGCCUGCGACAUCCUCGUCUCGUUUCUCUCUUUAUAUUUGCAUAGUUUCUUUUGACCUUUUACGACGCUUCGUAAUGAUGCUAACUGUUAUAUAAUCACAUCAUUAUAUAUUUUGAUCA